UCCAUUACUUCGUGAGCCUAACCCCGCGGGUCGUUCACGCAUCAAUGUUUUUAAGACUGCAAUCGCGAGUCUGUGGUUCUUUGUUUACAUAUAAAGGGAGAUUCCUUGCAGUGUGUUCACAUACACGACAGACAAAGGCAUCGAAGAAUGGCUUCCAAAUUUUCUUUUGUUUCCUUGGUGCUUAUUGGAGUGACCUUGACAUUUUGGACAGUCGCCAUGCUAACUCCGGGAUGGCUUGUUGUGUACAUCACCAAUGAACUGUACCCAAAGGGAAUGAAGGGAGCCUUCAGUAUAUUUUAUUAUCAGAUGUGUUACCCCUCUGACGUGUGCAAGACGGAUUCUUUAUCCUCUUCCAAGGAAGAUAACUCCGCCUCCUCACCGGGCAUGCCUCAUUUUGUGGAGAUUCAGCUAGAAGCUUGCUUUGCAAUCAUCGUGUGUUCUGCUGGCUUUGUCCUUCUCUUGGUGAACCAAAGAUCUGUCCUCCCUAAGUCCUCCCGUGUCGUUGUUGGUGGCAUUCUUGUGUUCCUUGGAGUGGUCUCUGAAUCCACACUUGUUGGUCGGAUGAUCAAUGCAAACCUGAAGACAAACGACCAGUUCUCACAGCUACAAGAAGGUACCCUAGUCAACCUCCCUUUUACCGUGGAGUACCGACUGGGAGUUCAGUAUUCUAUCAUCCUGGCCGGUCUCGGUGUCAUUUCCGGCAUCUUCUCUUGCGUCGCUCUGUUCUGUGUCUAUUGUAGAAGUCGGAAUGCGUCAUCAGAAGAACAUCAAGUGUUGGAAGUGUACCCGCCAGUCACUCAAAACUACCAACAUCUUCAAGAGAGUUACUGAAAUCGAAAUUACUGAAACUUUUGUUUGAGAUUUGAUUUGAUUCUCUUAGAACCUUGUUGUUUUUGAGGACAAUUCUUGCCAAAAUAUUAGUAUGAAGUAUUGUACAAUCAUGCACCACUUUUUGCAUUUGUUGCAUUUAUUUGAGAUUUGAUUUGAAUCUCUGAGAUCUUCAUAUUGAUUCUGAAGACUCUAACUGCCAAAAUAUUCACGUGUAUGUAGUAUUGUGUUCUCUAUCAAUUUUUUGUUCAUUAUUGCUUUGUACAUAUUUGCAGAUGAUCUGCAGUAAUCACUGUUUCUCACAUUUUUUCUGUUUAUUCAAAUGAGUUUAAUUUUUGCAUUAUAUUUAUUUAAAAGAAUGUUAAAAGGUGCUCAAAUUUGAUAUGUUUUAUAGCAAGCAGUAAGGCAGUUUUGAUACCAAAGCUCUCAGAAUUGGAAUAAGGAAUGGACAAGGAGAAAAAAACUUUUCAGACUAAACUUAAUGAUAAAGAACCUAAUCUGACAAAUUAUGAAAUACUUGCUAUAUUUUUGUUGAAAUACUCAUUAUUUGACUAGUUAAGUAAAAACAUCACUGCAAAUUGUUAUUUUGUCAUUUUUUUAAUUCUAUAAUUACAGUUGUUCGGUGUUUUUCUCACAAUAUUUAAUUAGGCCUUCCCAUCCCAUCCUUAGAUGCAUGUAUAUACAUGGAUAUAUCUCAGCGGAGCCCUCGCUGACUUACAGUUUUUAAGUCUGUGUACAUGGUGCUUUUAUAUCAUGACCUUAUUUUCAUGCUUUAAGUAUUAGAAUACAAAAUAUGUUACACAUAUCUUUUCGGUUAAUUUUAGUGGAGAAUGGAACUGAAAGCACAUAGAAUCAUUUUAAAAUGAAUAAGUACAACAUGAUUACCUGAAUAUAUUUAUUGUCUGAAAAUACAAUCAACAUUAACUCAAAUGCA